ACUUGUGCCAGCUGACUCCCUACUCCACGAGCAAAGAGUUGACCGGGGCGCCAUCGCGUAUACCGCGCAUACAUCAAGCGCCAUCAUUCCAAUUAUCUUCUCUCACUAGUUCGGCAGCCAAACUAAAAAAGAAAGAAAAAGGCGUCGCCCAUGGCCGCCCAACGCGAAUACGGCGACUCCAAGAUUCCCCCAUCCAAACCAUCCCUUUCCACCACCGAUCCCACCGGAACCCGCCUCACCACCGGCGGUGACGCUCUCAACGUCCACGGCACCCACGCCUCCGCUGGCGCCACUUCCAGCCUGUCUACUGACCCAUCUGCCCCUUCCACCACGUCCACAGGCACCAUGAGCGAAACUACCCGGAUGCCGGGAUCCGGGCAGGCGGGAGAGGGAGUAGGUGGAAUUCAGGGAUCUGAAGGGGGACGGGCAGCAGGGUCGAGUACGGGACCGAUGGGUGCGGCGCCACCUAUGAGCGCAGGGAGUCACGGGGAGAGGACGGCAGCGAUGCCAGAGAGGGAAGGUGGUGUGAAAGGCUUCAUGGCCGGGGUGCAUGGGGCGGGUGAGGAGAUUCGUGGUAAGGCACGGGAGGUGGUUGACCGAAUGGCACAUGAUGAAGAAGGUAUAGCAAAGGACCGGGAGAUUCAGAUGCAGGGAAGGGAGGAAAUGGAGACAGGCAGGUUUAGCCAGGCGACAAAGGAGAGGGAAUGGGGGAACCAGGAAACCGGGAGGAAGAAAGUUUGAUAUCCAUGUUGGAUUCAUGAUUGGCUGGUUUGCUCUCUCGGGCCUUGACCAAAAAGUAGAAGUUUCACUUUUGACGCGGUGUGUUGCAUGGGAAAAUGACCUGUCUCUGUUCUGUUUCAUUUUGCUUGAAAUGUUUCACUUGACAACAGGGUCACUCCAUUGCCAAUUGAGGGGGUGCUCAGUCUCUUCAUAAA